AAACAGCCUAUAUCCAAAGCUUUAUUCGUUUCUUUGUAAUACGCAAAGUAGAAAACGGCCUAUAUCCGUUCCCGCCAAUUUCAGUCGGCAAAAUGCGUAAAUCCCAGAACGUGUAAUAACGCUUACGGUGAACACGUGCAUCUGCGAAUUUACAGCUUGGUGCAAGUGAUAGUGGAAUCUAUAUUUCCAUAAAGGGCUUUUGAAAGAUUAUGGCGAGACGAAUUGACAGAAUCUUCGAUGCGUUGAAGUCUACUACCAGCUAUGAACCAGUAAAUGAAGAAAAUAAUAACUACGACCUAUCGAAGGCUAUUCAGGAUGCUGAAAUAAUAUUUUCAGACGCUGCUGGCGAAGACUACAGUGCUGUUGGAAAUGUGGAUUCAGUAGAAGCGCAAAGUGCUAGCGAGUGCAAUAGUGAAUUUGUAGACGCACAAAUUAGCGAUUUUGUAGUUGAUGGAGAAGUCAGAAUGAUGAUGGAAGACGCAAGUGAUGAAGCUGUGGCUCCAAUUCAGUUGAGUAUUGUUGAAAUUGGCCAACGUGAUUCCAUUUUCGAUGAAAUACCUUCCUGUUCAGGAGUACAAUCCACUAUUAUUGAAAAUCUAACUGUAGAAGAUUGUGAGAGCUCCGACUUAGAUGAGUCUGAUCAUACGCCUUGUACUAAACUAUCGGAUAAGAUAUUAGAAGACGAAGGACCCCGUCGGAAGCGUUCAACAAAGUAUGAAGUAAACAAAAAUAAAUGGCAUGAAAACAAGAAUCGAAUUAAAAGAGAAAAGGGAGAAUCAUACGUAGGGAAAAAAAAGGAAAAUGGGAUGUGGAAAUAUGACAUUUUAAAGGAACCGAGAUCACUUGAGGAUGUAUGUCGUUGUAAACUAAGUAACAAUCAAAAAUCUGUUUUAAAAUGUAGAGAAUUGACUGAAAAUGAGAGAAAAAACAUUUUUAAGGAAUUUUGGCAAUACACUUGGGCAGAAAAGAGGGUUUUCGUAAAAAAUCACGUUUCCAUAAAUUAUACUAUAAGAAAACGGGGAAUUAGGGACGUUUCAAGAAGAUCUUAUUCAAACAGAUUCUUUUUGGGCAAGGACAGACUAAGGGUUUGUAGAACGAUGUUUCUUAAUACGUUAGGAGUAAAAGAGUGGGUUAUAAAAAAAUGGGCCAAAAGUAACUUGGAAAAUGGUUAUAGAAAGGAUGAAGAUAAUGUACAGCCGAAUAAAAUACGUGACAGUACUACUGCACCUACUCGUUCGCUGCAUGACUUUUUCGACUGUCUACCGAAGCUGGAAUCGCACUAUUGCAGGGCUUCCACAUCCAAGCUCUAUUUAGAGCCAACUUGGAAUUCUAAGGCUCACUUAUAUAAAAUUUACAAAAACGACUACUGUACUACACAUAACGUUGAACCUGUAUCGAUUGCAACAUUCCAUAAAGAAUUCGACAAAAAACGACUAUCACUCUAUAAACCAAAAAAAGAUCUAUGUGACACUUGUGUUGCUUUUGAGACGGGCAAUUUAACAGAAUAUAAGUACAAUGAACACAUUGCAUUCAAAAAUGCAGCAAGAACUGCAAAGACCGUAGAUAAAGAGUCUCCAAACGAAGUUUUUACAAUGGACCUUCAAUCCGUUUUGCUAUCCCCAAAAUCAAACACGUGUGCACUGUAUUAUAAAACUAAGCUGAUUGUCCACAACUUCACCCUCUAUGACAUCAAGCGCAAUCAGGGCUACUGUUAUUUAUGGAAUGAAGCGGAAGGAGGACUAACUAACCCGGAAGAUCUGCUGGUGCACCAUUGGUAAACGAUAUUAGAGCAUUGAGAUACUCUCAUGAGGGAGUGUUUUUCAAACUCAAUCACUCUGAUCAAAAAUGGCAAAUUCUUCCAGUCAGGCUAAACACAAAGACUAACAACGCCACCAAUGAUGCAAACGACUUACCCAAACUCUAUAGAAAUAGGAUAAAAAUUAAGGCAGAAAAGUAUAAACACCUUCAAAGUCUAAAGGCAACCAUGGAAGUCGAUUAUCAUGCCUUCUAUGAUAAUUUACCCCAUGAUUGAAUAAAUCGUAGAUAAGCACAAUCCGAUUUUGUUUUACUUUUAUGAAUACAUGUGUUUUCUUCCUUAAGCCGCUCUAUUAAGCACAAUCUGAAUUAUGUUUAUAUUUUUAUGAAUAAAAAUUGUAUUUUUCCUGAGUAGCUUCAUUUGUUACUGUUCAAAUAUCCCAUAUGAGGAACCCGUAUCUCCAGGUUUUUGGCUGAAUAUAAAAAAGAAAACUGCCUAUCUCCUUUUUUUUAUCAUAGUAAAUGAUCUAUGCUAAAAUAUUGUCCAAGCAUAUAGUUUUUAGCUGCUACAAGACACUUUCUGAUCGUUUAACACAGUCAUUCUUGUGAAAAAUACUACAGUUCAAUCUGAUGACGUUUUUUGUGUCUCCUGUAAAAUUUAUAGAAACGGAGAUACGCAUUUUGCCGAUUAAGCCGACGAUAUGUUGCUUUACAUAAAAACAUUCAAAUUUAACCAUUGU